GCCCAGGCAACCGAGCGGUAGCACAGCCGCUUAUUUCACUUCUGCGUCUUUUUCUUCCAAAUACCCUCAGAAAACAAGAGAAGAAUGUAUUUUAGAGGCAUAUUUGCAUUAAUGUUAUAGUUUGGACUUCGUUGGAUUUGAUGAAACAGUCUGAAGAUGAACUUUGAGGCAAAGCGAUGUGGGGUGCUGUUUAGUCCUCCAUCGAUCAUUUUAAUUUAUGAAAACAAGUCAACCAACAAGCUUCGGAAGAGAAUCAUCCCUGUGCGGAAAUACUCAAAGGAUUCAGACUAUAGGAAGGCAGCAGAGACUCUGAAGAGCCAUCCUCGCCAUAGGGACUACCUCCAGAGUGUAUCCCAGAGCCAGCUUGAGAGACUGCACAUCAUUUUACGGGACCACAUGCAGGGCCUAAGCCUGGAGCAAAGUCUCGCCUCUUUUCGGUUAGACCCUGAGCAAGAUCUCAACAAACUGGGUGACGAUGAAUUGGCUCGAAAGAAGGGCAAAAUGGAUGAACUCUUUGAGAAGAACAGAAAAAGAAAAGACGAUCCCGACUUCGUUUAUGACGUGGAGAUCGAGUUUUCAGCAAACCAGGAAAAGUGCAGCUGGGAUGAGGAGUCAGAUGAUGGAUUUUAAAUUGUUAUAUAAAAUUAAUAUAUUUUUGGACUUGCAAACAACUAAAUAUUCAAAUAUGCAACACUACCCGAGACAAAAAAGCAUUCAUAGUGGAAUAAUAUUUAUUUGUUAUAAAAUACUGACUUUGCAAAAUACAAA